UUUCGCCGCGCCAUCAACGCCGGCGUCGCGACGCUGAGCGGAGCGUGGCGCCGUCGUUGGACGAUUCCUCGAGAUUGCGCGUCUCGACACCCGAACGAGCCAGCCAGCCAACCCUGCCAACCAGCCAACUAGCCAACUAGCCAGCUCUUGUACGUGCCGUGCGAGACUUUCGUUACGUCGCCCAUCGCGGUGAAAUGCGCCGUGAUCCUCCGCCGGAGGGAGAAAAAGCGGACACCCUUAGUGUGUGCUACUGUUAUUUGUAGGCGUGCAUACGCAUGCUGUACGUGGAUUCGUUGUCAACCAGGUGUCCUUUCGCGCGCCGGCUCGUCGUCGUCGUUGAUUCGCGCUCGGUGCGCUCGUGAAGUGAUAAAGGUGACGACGACGACGACAACGACAACGACGACAACGAUAAUAGUGAUGAUGAUAAUGAUCAUGCUGAUAAUGAUGGUAUCAGUACCGCUGCUAUGUGAAAUGAAAGACAGUGCCCGCCCAAUCACCGGCUGAUCUAUUUGUGACUCCCAUUAUAUCCCAGGGGAGAUCUCGUGUGUCCUGUUAACUCGACGAUAAUGACGAUGUGAUCAUUCAAAUAUCCGUUUCACCAACGUUUAUCAACGUCUCAAGCGUGUUUUCGUUUUGAUCGUAAAUGAUGCUACGUAAAACGUAACGUGAUCGCGGACAUUCUCGGUGAUACGAAACGAUGAUGGUGUGAUGACACGGAUUUGCUAUCACGCAUGCCGACGUCAUCACACCCACAUCUACCUUUCCAUUCUGAUUUGUGAGCAAUCGAGGGAUUCAUUACGGCAUUGAUACAACGCUACGACGAUCGCGCGCUGCCGUCUGCUAGCUACGAAUUUCCUUCGCGUUGGUCCGCGUAUAACCAGCGCUCAGGAUAACCAACGUUGACCUCAUCGCAACGGCGACGAUCGAUUGCCAUUUAAAAGCUUCACGGGCGUUCGUACGCGCCUCGUCGUCGCUACACGCGCUUACGCGAAUUUCGUUACAACUGCAAACAAGACGUAGCGAUUACAUCGAAGAAGAAGAAGACUUUAAACGUCAAAGCUGUGUCGCGGAAAGAAUGCCUAUCGUGUCUUGCGAAAAGUAAAAUUUUUGUAAAUCGAAAUUUUCGUGACUCGUUUGGAACACCGAGAUAAGUCUCAACGAAAUUUUCUCACAUUUUCUGGUUACUUACCACGGUGGCGAACAAUUGCACUCGUUCUAUCGGGUGAAAGACGUACGCUUGGGUUGUACACAGCAUCGUCGGAUGUUUAGACCCUACGGGAGAAUGUCGAUUGGACAACCGAGUCAGUCGGGUUAUCAGAACAGUCGAGAGAAGCAGUCGAGUGGUAGGAACGGUGGUGGUGCGGUGACCAGAUACAGCAGAAUUUGGAUCGUGAGAUGUCAUUAAUGCUGCCGGACUAAUGCGGCCCCGCGAUGAUCGACGGGGACGAGAAGACGGUGGUGGCCCCCAGGUGGAAGAACUAUGUAAGAGACGAAGCGCGAAGCGGGGGAGAGGACGAGGUCGUCGUCUCUCCACCGGCAGCAGCGUGGCUCAGGUGCCAGAAGGUGGCAGAAGAGGUGAAGGACUAUGACGGCGAGAUCGAGUCGACGGAUGCGACGACGCGUCGAGAUACCGCGAGGACAACGACAGUGUCCAGGGGCAGCGAAGCAGAUGGACAGCGCAGAUACUCGAUGCAGGAGGUCGAGGAAGACGAUGAUGGCGGUGGUAACAACCGCAGGAAACGAAAGAAGCGACGGAAAACGCAGCGGAACAAGCAGCAGUUGCAAUUACAACAACCGCAGCUGGAGGUAACGACUAGCGGCGGUCUGCAGCGAUCGCACGCGCUCGCUCUCGCUUCGUCGUCCGAUGAGGUGGAAGCGGUGGGCGAGUGCUCGAAGAGAGACUCGUCUAGCAGCCUGGGCGGCGGCAGCCGGCACAACACCUUGCGCGAGUCUCUGCUGACGGUGUUGGGCAAGCUAGUGAUUUGGAAGGGCACUAGAUACCGCUCCGCUACCGCCGCGUCGUCCUCCUCGUCGGCGCCACCGAAUUCACCACCCGCCACCGAGUGCAUUGGUCGUAGCACGUCCUUCUUCUCCAGUGAAACAGAGAGGCGAAUUCGCGCCAAUAAUCGCGAGUACAACUCACAAUUUAAUUAUGCGAAUAAUUACAUCAAAACGUCCAAGUAUUCGGUUCUGACGUUCCUACCAUUGAAUUUGUUCGAGCAAUUUCAGCGGCUCGCUAACUUUUACUUCCUAUGCCUGUUGGUGCUCCAAAUGAUCCCCGCCAUAUCUUCUUUAACCCCUAUCACUACAGCCAUACCGCUUAUAGGGGUACUCACGCUCACUGCCGUUAAAGAUGCCUAUGACGACUUUCAACGGCACAGCAACGACUCUCAAGUAAAUAAUAGAAAAUCCCGAACAUUGCGGGGUACUAAUCUUCGUGAGGAAAAAUGGUCGCAGGUUCAAGUGGGCGACGUAAUCAGAAUGGAGAACGAUCAGUUUGUCGCAGCGGAUGUUCUACUGCUAACGACGAGCGAGCCGAAUGGCCUUUGUUACAUCGAAACAGCAGAAUUGGACGGGGAGACGAAUUUAAAGUGUCGUCAAUGCUUGCCUGAAACUGCCGAGAUGAUGGAUAAUCACGAAUUAAUCGGCCAAUUCGAUGGAGAGAUCGUUUGCGAAACCCCCAAUAAUUUAUUAAAUAAAUUCGAUGGAAUACUAACAUGGAGAGGAAAAAAGUACUCAUUGGAUAACGACAAGAUUAUUUUACGGGGCUGCGUACUUAGGAAUACGCAGUGGUGCUAUGGCAUGGUGAUCUUUGCGGGCAAGGAUACCAAACUGAUGCAAAACUCAGGGAAGACCAAAUUUAAGAGGACCUCUAUAGAUAGAUUGCUGAAUCUUCUUAUCAUCGGGAUAGUGUUUUUUUUACUUUCCUUAUGUAUGUUCUGUAUGGUCGGCUGUGGUAUUUGGGAAAGCCUUGUAGGUCGUUAUUUCCAGGCGUACCUACCAUGGGACUCGUUAGUGCCGAACGAGCCGAUUACUGGUGCCACAGUGAUUGCCCUACUCGUGUUCUUUUCGUACUCUAUUGUAUUGAACACGGUAGUACCAAUCAGUUUAUAUGUGAGUGUCGAAGUUAUUCGAUUUGUUCAGUCAUUUUUAAUAAAUUGGGACGAAGAAAUGUACUAUGCGCCCACAAAAACACACGCUAAAGCAAGGACUACUACGUUAAAUGAGGAGUUAGGCCAAAUAGAAUACAUAUUCUCCGAUAAAACCGGAACGUUGACGCAGAAUAUAAUGACUUUCAACAAGUGUUCUGUGGCGGGCAAGUGUUACGGCGACGUCAUUGAUGAAGUUACCGGCGAGGUCAUCGAUUUGAGCGAGACAAUGCCACCUUUGGAUUUCUCGUUUAACAAGGAUUACGAACCAGAUUUCAAAUUCUACGAUCCCGCGCUGCUCGAAGCCGUGAGACGGGAAAAUCAAGACGUCCACAGUUUUUUCAGACUGCUAGCACUUUGCCAUACUGUUAUGCCGGAAGAAAAACAUGGCAAGAUUGAAUACCAAGCACAAUCGCCUGAUGAGGCUGCCUUAGUAUCUGCAGCUAGAAACUUCGGUUUUGUUUUCAAAGAGAGAUCGCCCAACAGUAUAACGAUUGAAGUAAUGGGAAAGAAAGAGAUAUAUGAACUUCUCUGUAUUCUGGAUUUCAAUAAUGUGCGAAAGAGGAUGUCUGUAAUUUUAAGAAAAGAUGGACAGCUCCGAUUGUACUGCAAAGGAGCAGAUAACGUUAUUUAUGAGCGAUUGAAAAAGGAUAGUGAAGAGAUAAUGGCAAAAACAUUGGAUCAUCUAAAUAAAUUCGCAAGUGAAGGCUUAAGAACACUGUGCCUUUCUGUAAGGGAUUUAGACGAAAGUUUUUUCAAUAAUUGGAAGCAACGACAUCAGGAAGCGGCGUUAAGUCAAGAGCGUAGAGACGAUAAGCUGGAUGCGAUUUACGAAGAAAUAGAGAAAGAUAUGUCGUUAUUGGGUGCUACUGCCAUCGAAGAUAAAUUACAAGACGGUGUACCUCAGACCAUCGCCAAUCUGAGCCUCGCUGGUAUCAAACUUUGGGUGUUAACUGGUGACAAACAAGAAACAGCUAUCAACAUUGGAUACUCAUGCCAGUUGUUGACGGAUGAUCUCACGGAUGUCUUUGUGGUAGACGGCACAACUUACGAUAGCGUGGAGUCACAAUUAAUGCGAUAUUUGGAUACCAUUAAGAUGGCCUCGACCCAACAGAAACGGCCAACUCUCUCCAUUGUCACAUUCAGGUGGGACAAGGAAAGCAGUGAUACCGAAUACAAUCCUAGUAGGGACGAACAGGAUGAACACGAGAUGGAGCAGUCAACGGGAUUUGCAGUAGUUAUAAACGGACAUUCUCUGGUUCACGCGUUACAUCCACAGCUGGAACAGCUUUUUCUAGAAGUGUCCAGUCAAUGUAAAGCUGUAAUAUGUUGUCGGGUGACGCCAUUGCAAAAGGCGAUGGUCGUUGAGUUAAUUAAAAAAAAUAAAUUUGCGGUGACACUCGCAAUUGGCGAUGGCGCCAACGACGUUUCGAUGAUAAAGACGGCUCAUAUUGGUGUUGGUAUCAGCGGGCAGGAAGGAUUGCAGGCGGUGUUAGCCUCUGACUAUUCGAUAGGACAAUUUAGAUUUUUAGAGAGGCUACUUCUGGUCCAUGGUAGAUGGUCGUACUAUAGAAUGAGUAAAUUCCUUAGGUAUUUUUUUUACAAGAACUUCGCGUUCACUCUUUGCCAUAUCUGGUUUGCUUUCUUCUGCGGAUUCAGCGCACAGACUGUAUUUGAUCCCAUGUACAUUUCCGUCUACAAUUUAUUUUAUACCUCAUUACCAGUCUUGGCGGUUGGUAUUUUCGAUCAGGAUGUUAACGAUAAGAAUAGUCUAAUGUAUCCGAAAUUAUACGCACCAGGAUUACAAAAUUUGCUCUUCAACAAAAAGGAGUUUUGUUGGAGCGCUUUACAUGGAUUUUAUGCUAGUUGUGUAUUAUUUUUAGUACCUUACGGGACAUACAAGGAUGGGGUGUCACCCAAGGGUUAUGUACUUUCUGAUCACAUGCUGCUGGGCAGUGUAGUAGCCACUAUAUUAGUUAUAGUCGUGACUGUUCAAAUAGCUCUCGACACAUCAUAUUGGACAGUUUUCAAUCACAUUAUGGUGUGGGGCUCGCUCAUCUGGUAUUUUAUUUUAGAUUACUUUUACAACUUCGUCAUAGGAGGUAGUUAUGUCGGCAGUCUUACGAUGGCCAUGUCAGAAGCGACCUUUUGGUUCACUACAGUGAUAUCCUGUAUAAUUCUGGUAAUACCAGUACUAUCAUGGCGAUUCUUCUUCAUGGAUGUUAGACCGACACUGUCCGAUAGAGUCAGACUGAAGCAGAGACUGGCACAAUUGCGUUCUCGUCAAAGUCAGGACAUAUUACGUACACCAUCUACGAGACGUACACGGCGAUCUUUACGCUCAGGCUACGCCUUCGCUCACCAAGAGGGUUUUGGCAGACUUAUCACGUCUGGAAAAAUUAUGCGCAAAUUGCCAAAUGGUGCUGAUUUUAAGUUUUCUAUGCCGUUUACGAACAAUGUUACGAAGCAGGUUAAUGUUGCUACAACAUCACCAAAGGACAACAGCGCAUCUAGAAAUUCACAUACGUUGGACACGAUUAAUUUAUAAUAUCUCGAAUGUUUUAGUCAACUCAACGGACACUAAAGUGUAGAUAAUUAGUGAGGUUCUCUUAAUUUACUUAGCUGAACAUUGAGCCAAAAUGAACUCGUCGAAUUUAUUGAUUCUGGUGUAUCCCAUUGAAAUCGUGUUUCUAAUUAUUGUUUCUUCUUUUUUGUGUUAAUUAAGAGGUGCAAGUGUAUUGUAUGUAGUAUUUGAGAAGAUCUCGUGAAGCAUUGAUGUCUGUGAUUAUGUUAUAUUUAAUUUAAACAUUUAUUUAUUUAAGAAAAAUGUUAAUCAAUUAGAAACUAUUACGAUUUAUAACACAUGCCUAUAAACAACGAUAAUAAUAUUAAAACACAAAUGUAUGUAACUUUGUUAAUACAUUUAACGCAAUGAAUUCCAGUGGGAUACAUUGAGUUAUACUAUAAUAGAAGUAGCAUAUGCUAUUUACGUCUAUACAUCACUGUUAAGCAUUUAUAGAUUUAUUAUGACUUAAAUGUAUUUACGUGUUCAAUAUUUUAAAAAUCAUAUUUUUGCACUUUAGUCAAGUAAGUGCACGAAAUAUACAUACUUGAUUUAACAUUUUGUUGACACAAUGGUUAUGUACGUAAAUGAUGUUUUAUGAUAAUUAUAUACUUGUAUAGAAAAAUAGCUUAUGCUACAAUAUAGACUACGAUAUGUUUUAUGGAAUUUCGUAUUAAUAUUUUAAAUUAUGUGAAAAUAAUCUUUUAUCAUGUUGUGAAUAAUUUUUUAUAUUGUGUUUGAUAAAAGUUGAAACAUGAUAAUUACGCAUCUUGAUUCUAUAUAUUAAUAUAAAACAAUGUUAAAGCAAGUAUUAAUAGAAAAUACA